UCUUUCCUGGUGUUUAAGCUUCAGAACGUUACGCGACGCCAAUAUAAACGGUAGUGAGAAAAAGUUUAUAAAUUUAUUAAGAGCUGGUUUUGAUGACAAAACGUAAUACUAAUAUACAUUUUUAAAAAUAAAAUGGCUUCAUCUAUUCCGAAUUUUGAUGAAAAAUUAGAGUCAUGGGACUCCUACAAGGAGCGUCUUGAGCAUUAUUUCAUAGCUUUAGAUAUCGAAGAUCAAAACAAAAAGAAAUCAAUACUCAUUAAUUGUGUUGGACCGGGAAAUUAUGAGAGAAUACGAAAUCUUUGUUUUCCAAGUUCAGUAAAUGACAAAGAAUAUGAAGAAUUAUUGAAAAUAUUCGGUAAUCUAUUUACUCCAUCUAUCGUGAUUUUCAAAGAACGUAAGGAGUUUUAUAACGCUCGGAAAUAUAAGACCGAAAAAGCGACAGCAUGGCAUGAAAGAGUUUGUCGAUUGGCAAUAAAUUGCAAGUUUGGCACACGUACCGAAGAAACGUUGCUUGAUAAAUUUGUGACUGCAUUUGAUGGCGUUGUAUUCGAAAGAUUCUGUGAAGAAGGAUCCGAUUUGGCAUUAUCAAAAGCUCUGGAGAUUGCGCAGCGAUACGAGACAAUAGAAGCACCAAGAAGUGUCCAAAAGCCUGAACCAAAGAAAUACCAUCAGAAGAACGAUAAUAAUCAUCAAAAGCAACCAAACCAAAAACAACACCCAGACAAUCAACCCGGACAUUCACAAAAGCCGAAAAAGAUCUUUGUUCCAAGAAAUGUUAACAAGCCAACGACUAAAGUUGAAGUUAACUUAAACGUUAAAAAGAAUUGAAAACCUUUAUUUUUGCAGUUGUGUAUCUAUAGAUAAGAAAGUAACCUAUGUACAUUUUAAAAAUGUGAAGUAUUACACUUUUUAUUGCAUACUUCAAUAAUUUACAAAUAUAUCCACAUAAAUAAAAAUAUAUGUAUGGCUUGAGUCAUGAA